AUGUCUGGCGCAGCGCCGCACUAUGAGCAGCGUGGGGGGAUUCUGCGCAAUGUCCAGGGCGCCUUUGGCACGGUGAAUGUGCGCGGAGGGGCGCCGUCGAACCCAACACCCUCAUCAUCAUCAACGUCAAUAACAGAUCACGACUACCGUUUCCCUCGAAGACCCGCCCACCAGCAACAGAGCGAAGCCAGGACGACAGUCGCGGGACCGCAUACCAACGGGAGCUUUUCGGCCGCGCGGGACAAGCUGGAUCAUUCGGCGACAGCCAGUGCGCGCAAGGAAUUGCUGCGUGAGAGCUUUUUCCGGCCAUGGAGAGAUGACGCCGCGGACGACGACCUCGAGAGCCCAGAUGAGAUGCAGAGGAAGGACCCAUUGGGCACCCAGAUAUGGAGGCUCUACAGCAAGACGAAGAAGCAAUUGCCCAAUCAGGAGCGGAUGGAAAAUCUCUCAUGGCGCAUGAUGGCCAUGAAUCUACGGACGCGCAAGCAGCAGGAGGAAGCAUCUCGAUUGGCCAGGCAGAAGGAGAAGGCCACCAGCACUCCUAGUGGCAUUGCACAGCUAAGGAAGUCGUCGGAUAAAAGGGCCGCUACGAUUGCAGAGGAUCCAGAUGCGAUGAAUAUCGACGACUUUGUAUUCUCCGAAGAUAUCUCGACGCCGGCUGGGCUUGGCAUGUCCUUCUCCCCAGAACUCAGCAACAAUGAGCCCGAGAAGUCUUCCAAUGCGCUGGCCUCGGCGAUCCCCAUCAAGAUGCGAAAAGAGUCCUCGCAAUUCUCGAUCCCCCAAUCUGUUCCUGUUCCCCACCACAAUCCUCGGACUGAUGAAGAGUUCAACUAUGUUCAGCGACAUAUUCGAAAGACGAGCAUCGAUGAGAGACGCACGAGGAAACGCCCAGCAGACUUCUCUCCCAACGUUUCAGCUGUGGGUGCAAUAGCAAUCCCCAGCGAUCCAGACCAUGAUACCGAUAUACAUGACUAUUCCCUGGAUCAACAUCAUCUCCCCGACAUGUCACAGUAUAAUAACCCAGCAAUUCCAUUUCAUCUUGAUACCUUUAAUAUGGAGCAGGAUCCCAUAGCCGCUUCUGCGGGGCAUUUCCAGCAGAACUUCUCCUUCUCGCCAUCUCAUUCCCCUCUCGUGCAUCAUGGUCCUUUCUCCGCCCUUUAUAAUAACGCGUCAAUGCCCUCUUCCUCAAUGAAUUCAAAUGACUUCUAUUCACCGCCGGGAAGUGCCUAUCCAUCCGCAGUUUCGACCCCACAACCAAUCCUGGAAAACGAACAUAUGUACUUUCAAGGCAUGGAUAUGCGACAUCCAGCCUCAAAUACCUUCAACGCCCCCGCGUCCAACUUCUCCAACUCAAUGGCCACUCAAUACAUGUACAAUGCCAACGGAGGGCCGAUGUUCACCUCAGCCAACCCCCCGGGGACCAGCAAUGCCUUCGCUUCGUUUGGCAUGAUCCAGCAUAUUGAUCCGAGUCAGGUUUACCAGCCAGAUCAUUCCACCCGGUCGCCAGGCAUUAAUACAGGCAGCGAAAAUAUGUUCACUUUUGGGGCAGAUUCGGACAACGAGGAUGAGGAAGGGGCGGCAUUUGCUGAUCGCACCCUCAUAAUGCAAAACGAUUUCACGCCAUCCCCGAUGGACGAUUCGAAGAUGGACACUGGGCCCGGUGGAUCUUUGCCAUGGGAUACUCCGCUCCCCAAAUCAUUUAACACGCAGGCUGCACGUUACCCAGGUGGCCCACCAAGGAAGCAAGUCACAAUUGGAGGAACGACAACCGACAUGAGCUCUGUCUCUCUUGAAUGGGAUGGCUCAGGUGGCUCUUUGGGCCAUACUCAAGGAUCCGUACAGUCUCCCUCCGACAACGUGGGAAGGAAUAACAGUGACCGACGGCAAAAGAUUCCACGUACGGCUUCUACCCCCAAUGCUGCUUUGAUGGGGCAACGGAAUAGCGGUAUGUUUGACCAUGCGGCUCAAUCGACCCCAGGUUCGCCGGCAGAUCCAAGUAACAUGUCGGGGUUCUCGUCUGUGGCUCCUAGCCGCCCGUCAACUCCAGGCAGUACAAAGCAUGGAUCUACUACCAAUCUUGCUAGCAUUGCUAGCACCCCAGGGGAAAAUGGAGCCCCAAUUACUUGUACGAACUGCUUCACCCAAACCACACCGCUUUGGCGGCGGAAUGCAGAGGGACACCCGCUUUGCAACGCCUGUGGUCUCUUUCUAAAGCUGCAUGGUGUUGUUCGACCACUUUCUUUGAAAACAGACGUCAUCAAGAAACGCAACCGUGGCUCUGGUGCCUCCAUACCUAUCGGUGGAUCUGGUGGAUCUUCCACCCGAUCGAAGAAGCUAGGCAGUGCGUCAUCAAGUAAUUUGUCGAAUACCAGAAAGAAUUUCGUCGUCGCCUCUAGCAACACAGCACCAGGUGCGCCGAAUACGACGCCUACCGGUGCUCAUGGAAGGAGCCCCAAUGAGAGCCAAGCUGUUACAGGCUCUGUGGGGAAUGGAAGCAGCACUGCAGGAAGUACGCCGACGUCAUAUCACGGUUCUGCAGGGUCAUCGGUGGGUACGACUGCAGUCAGCGGUGGUAAAGGUGUUGUGCCCAUUGCAGCUGCACCCCCUAAAGCGACCCCUGGGCCAGGUGCAACAGCAUCGACCACCCCUCGAUCAAGUGUUGCGGUGGCGCCCAAGAGGCAAAGGCUCCAUAGCAAGAGCGUGAGCGCUAUCGAAAGUAUGGACGUUGACUCUCCAGCGACCUCGUCAGGCUCCAACGAAGCAGCAGCGAAGCCUCUGGGUACGGGAAUGGCUGGGGCCGGGGGUAGCAUGUCGAAUAUGGAUCUUGCAAACAGUUUUGGAAUGACGAGGUCAGUAGCACCUGGAGGCACAGCAAUGCCUAAUAUUGGCAGCAUGGGUGGACAACCUUCUGGGGCGGUCAUGGCUAGUCACCAUGGGUUAGCCGGUGCGGGUACCGGUCCACAGGAAUGGGAAUGGCUGACGAUGAGCCUCUAA